UAGAGGGUAGUAUGACACACUGAACUGAAUUGUACUUCAGAUAAGUUCGUGGUGAAGAAGAAAUAAAGCCCUGAUGGAGGAAAUGGCUGCAGAUUUCAAUAAUUAGUUGUGAAAGACGUAUUUGAAGCGGAAUCAGCUCCUCCUACACUUUCCAUGACCAGGCUUCAAAAUGGGACAAAAAAGGAGAGGUAAUAUCCGGUCUCCUGUGUCCACUCCAUCUGACACACACUCCUCCUCAGAGAUCCCUCCUGACAAAAACUCCUCCAGCACUUCCAGCUGUCAUGGAUAUCUGCAAAGCGGAAAGCACAGCAUCUGCAUGGUGUCCGACUUCUUUUACCCCAACAUGGGUGGUGUGGAGAGCCACAUCUACCAGCUCUCGCAGUGCCUCAUAGAGAGGGGCCAUAAAGUGGUGAUAGUGACCCAUGCGUAUGGUGAACGCCGUGGAGUGCGUUAUCUUACCAACGGUCUGAAGGUGUAUUACCUUCCACUUCAGGUGAUGUAUAACCAAUCCACAGCCACCACCUGCUUCCACAGCCUGCCUCUGCUCAGGUGUGUGUUCGUGCGUGAGCGCAUCACUGUGGUGCAUGCCCACAGCUCCUUCUCCUCUAUGGCCCAUGACGCUCUGUUCCAUGCCAAGACCAUGGGCCUCAACACCAUGUUCACCGACCACUCGCUUUUCGGAUUCGCUGACCUCAGCUCUGUUCUGACCAAUAAACUGCUUACUGUGUCUCUGUGUGACACCAACCACAUCGUAUGCGUGUCCUACACCAGCAAGGAGAACACUGUGUUGAGAGCUGCCCUCGACCCCUACAUCGUCUCCGUCAUCCCCAAUGCGGUCGACCCUACCGAUUUCACACCUGACCCCGGUCGCCGUGACGAUAACAAGAUAACCAUUGUUGUAGUAAGCCGGUUGGUCUACAGGAAAGGAAUCGAUCUGCUAGGUGGAAUAAUUCCAGAGCUGUGUGCCAAAUAUCCAGAUCUCUGCUUUCUGAUUGGUGGAGAAGGUCCUAAGCGCCUGGUUCUGGAAGAGGUUAGAGAGAAAUAUCAGCUUCAUGAACGGGUACGUCUUCUAGGUGCUCUAGAUCACAAGGAUGUACGGGACGUACUUGUACAAGGUCAUAUUUUCUUGAACACAUCACUAACUGAAGCCUUCUGCAUGGCCAUAGUUGAGGGAGCCAGCUGUGGCCUACAGGUGGUGAGCACUCGUGUUGGAGGUAUACCAGAGGUUCUCCCUGAUGAGUUGGUGACCCUGUGUGAGCCGACAGUCAGCUCCCUUUGUGAUGGCUUAGAAAAGGUCAUCACCAGACAACGUGAAGGCAAAGUGCCCCCUCCUGCAGCCAUCCACCGUCAGGUCCAACAUCUGUACACCUGGAGAAAUGUGGCUGAGCGCACAGAAAAGGUAUACGACCAGGCAUGCAGGCAGCCAGUCCUGCCCUUACCGGCUCGCCUGCGGAGACUACGCUCUCACUGCGGCGCUGUCGCUGGCUCGAUAUUCUCCUUUGUCGCCGUCAUCAACUUCCUCUUCCUUCUAUUCCUGCAGUGGCUCUACCCCAGUCACCUCAUUGAUGUUGCCAUGGACGCGACUGGGCCGGGUAGUCAUUGGGGGCAUGGUUUUGGGAAGGAAGAGAGCAAAUACACGGAUGCAGUACGGCAUGAUGUCGCAGAUAGAAGACGUUUCAAAUGUAAAAAAUAGGUCCAUCUUUUGAAAUUUAGGGCCACGAUUCAAACCACCAGAGACUUUAAUCAAGUGCUCUGACUCUACCUGUUUACACUCCACUGAAGAGUGACUGAUGCAGCUGUACUGAACUAUUUUCUUCCACAAAGAAAUCCGCCGUGGUUAUCGUCUUAGUCAAAAGGAUUCGCACCAUUCAUUUUGAUUUUGCAAAACAUUGUAACAUGCUGUAGUCAUUUUGUUUUUGAAAAAAUAACGUACUCUGAUUAACCAAAAUGUUGUGUUCCGCUUUAUCUUUUUUUUUGUUUGUUUCAUAUUAUGCACAAAAUGUAUUUCUAUGUCAUAGCCUCCCCUCACCCACCAGAUUUUGUUCAGUUCUUCAAUAUUGAAACAUCUAGUUUUUGCUUUA